ACUAUCGCUAUGUCAAAUAAAAUACAUGAGUAUUUCGAUACCGCGUAUUCCCAAUGGGAUAUUCGUGAUUUUUUGGAUAAGUGUAAUUUGGAACCAUUCGGACAGAAGAUAGCAUGUUGUAUUAGAUCUCUCGAGACUAUAGCUAGUUGUGAGACAGAUCACAGGCGCGAAAGAGCAAAGGAACUGCUUGAUAGAUAUAAAGAGGCGACCAGUGUUGGAGCGUAUACGACCUACGAGUCGUCUUACGUUCAAGGCUUCGACCGAUCUAACACUGGCCCUGCUGAGGCGUAUAUUCCCUACGAGGAAUCUUACGUUCAAGGCUUCGACCGACCUAGCAGGGGUACUCGACCAGAUCGCAAACUGGCAAGAAAUUGGGAUAAGGAGCGUUCUCAUAAGUGUAAAUCAGUUGAGCCUUCAGUUCACGUCCACCACCCGACAUUUAUAGGAGGUGGGACUGUUAGCGGAAUUAUAAACUCUGAAACCUUCGCUUCCGGGUCAUCAGACAAGGAUCAGAAAAAGGCACAGGAUCCAGUGGACAAGAUCAACGCCUUCUUCACAGAUUCUACUGGCGUAAAGGUUGAAUCUGAAUUGCAGAACUCCCCUUCUGCAUCUAAUGAUAAUGGUUCGAAUUAUAUGCCAAGCGACACUGACGAAUCAACUUCGGCUUCUGAUACCGAUGCAUCUGAGGACAAUGUAAAUGAAAAGGAACCCCCCAAAAUUGACAAGACUGCUUUUUGUAAGGUCCAUUAUGCUAUCCCAAACUCUUCAAAGUUGCAGUUGAGCACAGGCAGAAUAGUGGAAGACAUUCUUUUUGAAUUUGCUAAAGACAUGGACUAUGAACACCAUGCCCAUUCCUAUAUUGUGGACUUUGAUGACGAGGAUGUCAGAGUGUUAUUCACCGAUACGGAGUGGAACGAACUAACUAAAGAUCGAAUUGGGGUUCCUUCUGUUCCACGUGACAUUGCAGAAGAGUUAGCGAAGUACGGAAGUAAAACUUUAAAAGAGCUACGUACCAAAGUGAUGAAAUCAUAUCUUAAGGAUGAAGAAGAAUAUGAUGUUCAGAAGCAUUAUAAUCGAGAAUGGAUUCAAAUGACCAUGCGAACACUUUGUAAUCUAUUCGAAAAUAUAGAUACUCCCUUAGUAAGAACCCAAUAUGAAGAUUGGUUCACGGUCGCACUUUUUGGAACAUGUAUCGAUUUCUGCGUCAGGGACGCGCAAUUGGGAACUGACAUUAAGAGGUUUUAUCCAUCGCGAAAUUUGAAUGAUUCAAAUUUCGUUUAUCCAUCUCCACUAAUGACUGAUGUACCAUCAUUGAGUAGUGCCAACAGAAAGAAUCGGCGUCGGAAAGCAAACGCAAGAAAGCUCAUUGGUCGCAAAGUUGAUGGGAUAAUAUAUGUAACUAAUAGACUUGUUGAAAUCGGUGCUAUUGAAGGUGCAAGAGCUUUUGCGGGAGUUUCAGAUAACAAAUAUCUUCUCGAAUCAUUCAAGAUGCCCAAAACACUUCGGGAUAUGUAUGCUGAUUUAAUCAAGGCUGUGAAUUACGACGAUCAAAAAGCAGAUAAACUUCAAGUAUUUGGCAUCUUACACCUUGGGUUAUAUAUUCAGUUCGCGAGAUUAUGGCGCGCUGGUGGAUCGAUAUGUAUUUUUCUUAAAGAUCCCCAAUCUUUCUAUGUAGAUAGCAAGUUCUCGAAAAAUGGAUUAAGUUUCUUCAUUAAAUUUUUAAAAAAGAUAUACCAAUAUAAGAACAACCUACAAAUUCUGAAUAUUCUAAAUGACGAUACUGACACUGAAUCUGGUGACUUGUUGGAUGAAUUGCUUAAAGAUGACAAUGAACAAUGCUCUACUCCACCACCC